AUGGCCUACACAUACGCUGAAGCCAUCCAGAUCAUCAUUGAACUACACUUUGCCUGGGACCUAAACUCCUUCUUCGGUGGCCCUAGAGAACCAGAGCUCUACUUGCUCAUGCUGGCCUUCCAAGCAUUGGCCGUUAAUGUCACCACAUUUGGCGAAGCUGUAGCUCAGGGUGCAGCAAUGGGAGAUCUCAUGUGGGAUAUUGGCAGGAGACAAGGGACUGUUCUGCGUCGUGUUUAUGAAGCGUUAGACAACAUCAUCCUCAGCAUACUCGUUCCGCCACCAGGAGUUGGUCUUUUGCUUAGUAGAGUUGAGUUCGAGGUGCUUUCCCGACUGUACGAUGUCUUAGAACAACACGAUACGGCUGGAGACAUGGAUGAUCUUGUAUCGGAGGAGGAGAAUAGCGAGGAUGACGCAGACGAAGAGGAUGAAGCAAACGAAGAGGAUGAAUAA